GCACUGCAGAGUGUACGCUGCUUUCUUCUCUCUUCAUAACAUCUGCGUUCAGUCUUUACCCUAUAGUUCACGCCAAACACCUGUGUUUUUUCAUUUCUACCAUCAUAUACUCGGAUACCAAAGUCGAAGCCUUUGUUCGGCUGUCGAGCGACAUAACUUCUCUGCCUUUUCUGCACUUCAUUUUUGGUUGUUUUCCUUUUCUGGGUUGGUACUACGGUGUUGGUUUUGGGGAACAAUGGAGUUGGGUGGGUUUAUGGUGGGGAUGAAGAAGAAAAGGAAGGAGCUUUAUGGGUUGUUUGCCAUGCUGGUUUUCGUUUUUCUUUUUCCUGUUGCAUCCCCGCACAACGACGAAGGGAAUGCCUUGAUGUCGAUAAAGGCAUCUUUUAGCAACGUCGUUAAUGUGUUGCUCGACUGGGAUGAUGUGCACAAUCCUGAUUUUUGUUCCUGGCGUGGUGUUUUAUGCGACAACAUCAGCCUCUCUGUUGUCUCUCUGAACUUGUCAAGUUUGAAUCUGGGUGGGGAGAUUUCUCCAGCUGUGGGUGAUUUGAGGAACCUUCGGUCCAUAGACUUGGAGUGGAACAAAUUAACGGGACAAAUCCCAGAUGAGAUUGGAAACUGUGCUUCUCUUGUUCAUCUGGAUCUGUCCAACAAUCUGCUGUGUGGAGAUAUACCCUUUUCUAUAUCUAAGCUCAAGCAGCUUGAAGUCUUGAAUUUGAAGAGCAACCAGCUUACAGGACCUAUUCCUUCAACCUUAACCCAGAUUCCUAAUUUGAAAACUCUUGAUCUUGCAAGGAACCAGCUAACUGGGGAGAUACCAAGGCUAAUUUAUUGGAAUGAAGUCUUGCAGUACCUUGGCUUGCGUGGCAACAUGUUGACUGGAACACUGUCACCUGAUAUGUGUCAAUUAACAGGCUUGUGGUAUUUUGAUGUGAGAGGCAACAACUUAACUGGUGCUAUUCCAGACAGCAUUGGUAACUGUACUAGCUUUGAGAUCCUGGAUGUAUCUUAUAAUCAAAUCACUGGGGAAAUACCAUAUAAUAUUGGCUUCCUCCAAGUUGCAACCCUGUCACUUCAAGGAAACAGGCUCUCUGGAAAAAUUCCUGAGGUGAUUGGUUUAAUGCAGGCCUUAGCUGUCCUAGAUUUGAGUGAGAAUGCGCUAGUUGGGCCAAUUCCACCAAUACUUGGGAAUUUGUCAUACACUGGAAAACUGUACCUCCAUGGAAACAAGCUUACUGGUACAAUUCCACCUGAACUUGGCAACAUGUCUAAGCUUAGCUACCUGCAAUUGAAUGACAAUCAACUGGUUGGCACAAUACCUGCUGAGCUAGGGAAGUUGGAGCAGUUGUUUGAAUUGAAUCUUGCAAACAAUUUCCUGGAGGGACCCAUCCCACACAACAUUAGCUCAUGCACUGCAUUGAAUCACUUCAACGUGCAUGGCAACCAUUUAACUGGAUCUAUUCCCUCGGGUUUGCAGAAUCUGGAGAGCCUAACUUGCCUGAAUCUUUCUGGGAAUGACUUCAGAGGCAGGAUACCAAUUGAACUGGGUCAUAUCAUCAAUCUUGAUAAAUUGGAUCUAUCUGACAAUAAUUUCUAUGGACCUGUACCAGCUACUAUUGGUGAUUUAGAGCACCUUCUUACUUUGAAUCUGAGCAAAAAUGAACUUAAUGGGUCAUUGCCUUUGGAGUUUGGGAAUCUUAAAAGUAUCGAAAUCAUGGACCUCUCAUUCAACAGUCUCUCUGGAAGCAUACCUGCAGAAUUGGGUCUGUUGCAGAACAUUGUGUCUUUAAUACUAAACAACAACAAGCUGCAAGGUGAAAUCCCAGAUCAGCUAACUAAUUGCUUAAGCCUUGCUAGCCUUAAUGUCUCAUACAACAACUUAUCAGGCAUCAUACCUCCUAUUCGAAACUUCACAAGGUUUUCACCAGACAGUUACAUUGGAAAUCCAUUACUAUGUGGUAAUUGGAUGGGAUCAAUAUGUGGUCCUUCUGUGUCAAGGUCAAGAGUUUUCUCCAGAGCUGCUGUUGUUUGUUUGACACUGGGCUUCGUUACAUUGUUAUGCAUGGUGGUUGUAGCCAUUUACAAAUCCAACCAACAGAAUCAAGUGACAAAGGGUCAUCUGAAAACUGCACAUAGUCCACCCAAGCUUGUAGUGCUUCACAUGGAUAUGGCUAUACAUACUUUUGAUGAUAUAAUGAGAGUCACCGAGAAUUUGAGUGAUAAGUAUAUUAUAGGAUAUGGUGCUUCUAGCACAGUUUACAAAUGUGUGUUGAAAAAUUCCCGACCAAUUGCAAUUAAGCGACUUUACAAUCAGUAUGCACACAACUUGAGGGAGUUUGAGACAGAGCUUGAAACCAUUGGCAGCAUCCGACAUAGAAAUAUUGUCAGCUUGCAUGGUUACUCAUUAUCUCCAUUUGGUAACCUCCUCUUCUAUGACUAUAUGGAGAAUGGCUCUCUGUGGGAUCUUCUGCAUGGACCAUCGAAGAAAGUUAAACUUGACUGGGAAACACGCUUGAAAAUAGCUGUUGGAGCUGCCCAAGGACUUGCUUAUCUUCACCAUGAUUGCAGCCCUCGAAUUAUCCACAGAGAUGUAAAGUCAUCGAAUAUUCUGCUGGAUGAGAAUUUUGAGGCACAUCUCUCUGAUUUUGGGAUUGCUAAAUGCAUUCCUGCUGCAAAAACUCAUGCCUCUACUUACAUUUUGGGAACCAUUGGCUACAUUGAUCCAGAGUAUGCUCGGACCUCUAGGCUCACAGAAAAAUCAGAUGUCUAUAGCUUUGGAAUUGUCCUCCUUGAGAUUCUGACUGGGAAGAAGGCCGUGGAAAAUGAGUCUAACUUGCACCAACUGAUAUUGUCCAAAGCUGAUGAUAAUACUGUAAUGGAGGCUGUCGAUCCAGAAGUCUCUGUUACAUGUGUGGAUUUGACACAUGUCCGGAAGACCUUUCAGCUGGCUUUGCUGUGCACUAAACGGCACCCUUCUGAGCGGCCAACCAUGCAUGAGGUUGCCAGGGUUUUACUUUCCUUCCUUCCAGCGCCUCCUACAAAACCUUGCUUAGCUCCACCAAAGCCCAUUGACUAUGCACGGUUUUUAAUUGAGAAAGAACAGCAGCAAUCACAAUUGCAGCAGACCAAUGCAUCCAACGCUCAGUGGUUUGUUCGCUUUCGAGAAGUUUUAUCCAAGAACACCCUUUGAACCUUCUUUUCAUCUAGAACUAGAAUAAAUAAAGCUGGAGAAUCCUAGUUCUUUUCGGUUCACAAUGGGCUACUUAAUUUUCUCAGAAAUGGAUGAAUGAGCACUGGAGCCGGAUGCAUAUGAUCCACCAUUUUGUUUGUUCUAUGACCAACCGGUAGAUUUAUACCUUCAAACUCUGACACCCUACUGCAAAAUGAAUCUAAAAUUCAAAGAGACUUGUGUGCUUUGUAUUAAUAUCUAUCCGUAGGUACUUUCUAAGGCUAUCAUGUAAUGAAUGAUAAGGUGUUUG